AUGUUCAGGAAACAGUUGGGAGAUACCAUGGAAGUUUACAUUGACGACAUUCUAGUCAAGUCCAAGAAGGCCUCGGAUCACAUUUCACAUCUCCAACAAGCCUUCGACUUUUUACGUGAAUACAGCAUGAAGCUCAACCCCACUAAGUGUUCAUUCGGAGCCUCUUCCGCGAAAUUUAUGGGCUACAUGGUUACUCAAAGAGGCAUCGAGGCUAGACCCGACCAGAUCCGAGCAUUCAUAAACUUGCAGUCACCACGAAGCCAAAAAGAUGUACAAAAGUUAGCAGGACGAUUGGUUGCCCUCAAUCGCUUCAUCUCCAGGUCGUCAGACAAGUGCAAAUUAUUUUAUGACAUUCUCAAGAAAAAUGAGAAGUUCAGCUGGACCGACCAACACGAAGCUGCACUUCAACAACUCAAACAGUACUUAUCAGAACCCUCGUUGCUGUCAAAGCCGAAGGACAAGGAAGAAUUGCAGGUGUACCUCGCAGUCACAGAGUCGACCAUUAGUGCAGUCUUAGUACGACAGGAAGACGACAAACAGUUACCCAUCUACUAUGUCAGUAAGUCUUUACUUAGCGCCGAAACAAGGUACUCACAUCUUGAAAAACUCGUACUUGCAUUAAUUGUUGCAUCUACUAAGUUACGUCCUUAUUUCAAAUGUCACCCUAUAACUGUUAGAACUAACUAUCCCAUGAAGUCAAUCAUGAGGAAGCCUGAGUUAUCUGGUAGGAUGUCCAACUGGAAAAUACAGUUAGGGUGCUACGACAUCAGCCCAAGUAUCCAACAUGAAGUCGACAAAGAAGUCAACAUGUUAACUGAUGAUGGGCUCUCGUCAACAUGGACUCUAUACACUGACGGCUCCUCCAACAUACGGGGGACAUGGCUAGGUAUUGUGCUAAAGUCGCCACAAGGGGACACCAUAAUACAGACUGUCUGUUGCGAGUUCAAAGCUACCAACAACGAGGCGGAGUACGAAGGCUUGAUCAUAGGACUGUCGCUAGAACUCGACAUGAAUAUUCCCCUACUUGAGGUACGUUGUGAUUCAUUACUAAUUAUCAGUCAGAUUAACGGUUUAUAUGCAACAAAAGAUUCCAAGAUGCAGGCCUACCUAGAAGUAGACAAAAGGCUUGUCGACAAAUUCGACUCAUGCACCCUGCAGCAAAUACCAAGAGAUCGAAAUACCCAAGAUGAUGCCUUAGCCAAUCUAGGCUCAAACAUCAAAUCCAAACUCACCUCAAUCCCCGUAGUUCACCUGAUGUACCCAGCCAUCACAAAAGAAACCUUAUCCAUCAAUGAACAGAGCCCACCAACUCAAACUCCCACAUCAUGGCGCAACCCAUACAUACACUGGCUCAAACACCACACCAUCCCACCUGAAAUUACGCAUGAAAGAUCCUUCCGUAUGAGAGCCUGCAGAUUCAUCUUGAUCCAUGGGGUAUUGUUCAGGAAGUCAGUUGCAGGACCAUACCUUAGAUUCCUAGACCACGACGAGAUCGGGUCGACACUGAGGAAUAUCCAUGAUGGUUAA